AAUAACAAAAUAACAAAGCCUGUGGCUUUUCAGUGUCUUGAUCCUAAAAACAAAAGUGAGGGGUGUUUCUCUGCGCCGUCUGCUGGUCACUGGAGAGGCGCGCGGUCAGCGUUACGCAUUCCAGCGGAACACCGAGCGCAGGAUGGCCGACACUCAGGGCGAGAUCAGCGGCCACGUCUGCCGGCGACCGGCUCCGGUACAGACCUUUAACCACAGAUCCUCAAAGUGGGUCCGUUUGAACGUCGGUGGCACGUAUUUUCUGACCACUAGACAGACGCUCUGCCGGGAUCCCAAAUCGUUCCUGUUCCGACUGUGCCAAACGGAGCCAUACCUCGAUUCUGAUAAGGAUGAGUCCGGGGCGUAUUUGAUUGACAGGGAUCCCAUGUAUUUCGGGCCUGUGCUGAAUUACCUGAGACAUGGGAAGCUGGUCCUCAACAAGAACCUGACGGAGGAGGGAGCUCUUGAAGAGGCCGAGUUUUACAACAUCACAUCAUUAAUAAAACUAAUCAAAGAAAAGAUCAGUGAAAGAGAAGCCAAGACGACACACACGCCGGUCAAGCAUGUUUACAGAGUGUUGCAGUGUCAAGAGGAAGAACUUACUCAGAUGGUCUCGACCAUGUCAGACGGAUGGAAGUUCGAGCAGCUUGUCAGUGUAGGUUAUGGGCGGGCCCAGAAGUCAGAGUUUUUCCUGAUUGUGUCUCGCGAGGUGAAGGGGGAGGAGUCAAGCCAAACUCACCCCGCCCACAGUGGAGAGCUGGUCAAUAUCGGAUCCUCUUAUAACUAUGGUAAUGAAGAUCAGGCGGAGUUCUUGUGUGUUGUUUCUAAGGAACUGCACAACCAAUCAUACAGCAGCAACACUCAACCCAGUGAGAAAGCCAAGAUUCUACAGGAACGUGGUUCUAGAAUAUGAUCACCUAGAGCUCCCACAUUUUGGGACACAUUGUAUCAGCUGUUUCUAGAACUUUUCAUAAGCUUGUUCUCUUCACGCCUCAAGAGCACUGGACACCUGCCGCACGCAAGCAGCACAUGAAGAGCAUGUCCACUGCAAUCCAGUCUUCCUGGUGCUUGUUUGUUUUGAUCUUCAUGGAUUCAGAGACAGGAUCUGGAGAGCUGGAGCAAUGUCAGUCUCAGGGAACAAAAGGAAAUGGACAGGUCACUCCGAAUCACUGCCCACCUCUUACCACAAUCACUACAGUGGACAUUCAUGGACAUACAGUGGGGUCCAAAAGGGAUAAUACAUUUAAAACGAAUGCUUUUCUUCACAAAUCUCUCCCUUUUUCUUUAAUCAAUAACAUGAAGAAAACCUGAUGGUCAUGUACUCCUGUAUGAUUUGCAAUGUUUCAAAGAGCGUCUUGAGCUUCAGUGGAAGCAGGAAAAUCACAUGAUCAACGUCAUUUGAUUAGACACCGAUAUAGUACAGUCUUUAUUUAACAUUAAUUCAAAAGAGAAAAUUAUGUGAACUCUUUUUGUAAAGGUUUUUUUUUUAAUCCCUUUUCUUUGGUCUCAGACUUUUGGACCCUACUGUCCUAUGAGUUAUAUAUGCAACAAAAGUGAUUUUGAAAAUCAGUAAAAAUUUGGCAAUAGCACCAUGGUUGAGCACAAAUUUCAAUGCAAGAUUUUAGUGCUGAGAAAUAUUUCUUAGUGUUGAGAUUUUAGCUACACUAACAUUCAUAACAAGUCUGGGGUUGGUAAGAUUUUUAAAUAUUUUUUUUAUAAGUAUAAUCUCUGCAUUAGUUUGAUCAAAAAUGCAGUAAAAGCAGUAAUAUUGUGAAGUUUUAUUACAAUUAACUGUCACAUGA